CCCUCCCCCCACCCCCCCCCCCGCCAUGACUUCCAAACGGGAAACGGGUAGCGAGGGCAUCAAGUUAUCAGCAGAGGUCAAACCGUUUGUCCCCAAAUAUUCGGCGGUAACAGUGGCAUGGUCAGAACCCUCAGAAGCAUGUGUCUUUCCUAGAUAUUAUACAACAUGCUACCCAUAUGUUCAGGAGUCAUCAGUGGAUAAACAUCACGUAUGCACCCAAGACGGGCCCUGGGAUUCCACAGCCUCUCCUUCCCAAUGUGCAUCUCAGAAUCCUGUGGGAUAUAGUUCACUUGGGGAGUACUCCAGUUGUCCAUAUUCACCUGAUGCUGCACCAAAUUCGUAUACAUUUACCAACUUCCAGCAUGAGAGCAACAACAGACUCUUCCAGUCUUCUAGACAGGACAAAGACUAUGGGAAACAGAUGUCUCCCAUCAGGAAGGAAGCUGCAUAUCAUUCCAGGAGACAACCAAAAGAUCUUGAACAAAAAUUGGAAAACAAGAAGUCUGAUGGGAGUGAUUUUACUAGCAGAACAACAGAGAAUUUGUCUUACACUACUCUGCACGGCAGAAAUAUUAAUAAAUCAGACAGAACUACUAAAGCCAUGAAUACAAGAUUCAAACAGAUUCAAAACAGUGAGCGGCUUCCAGAACCUGCCUUUGAAAUUACUUUCGCAGAUUUUCCAAAAUUGCAAGCCAUGGGAAAUAGUGAUCUGCUGGAUCUUCAAAAACGUACGUUGGGACCAUUGGGCUUGGCUGAAGGAGAUAAGCUGCCUCUGAAAACUCUGGGGAAAAAUGGAAUUUCAGAUUUUAUCACCAAAGAGGGUGAAGUAUCUCUGAAAAAACAAUUCCCAUCAAGACCUUUAAGUUCCUCAUCUGAUCCUGGAAUUCCUCAGGCAUACUCAGACCUUUUCACUGAAAGACUGUCUUCAGCCAAGGUGCCAACUCAGCCUCACAAGAGAGGUGUUUCAAUGACAGAUGCAGUCCUCACCAGCAGUUCAGGCAACAAAGGAAAAGUGGGUGCUUCUGCAGAUUGUAAGUCAGAAACAAAAGAGAAUGCUAGUGACAAUGAAUUUGAAGAGACAGCAGACAAAAAGAAGAAAAAGAAGAGAAAGAAGAAGAAAGCCAAAUCAAACAGUGAGAUGGGGGAACCAAACGUAUUUCAAGAACCUCCAAGAAUUGAGGAUGACGAAGAAUUUCCAGAAUUAGCAGCUGCUGUUGAUAAAAAGUACAAGCCAGGGACUCCAAAACCCUGUUGGACCUCACCAGUUCCUAGGGAUCAAGCUGAAGUGGUAAUAACAAAGGAGUCUGUCGCUGAGCUUCAUGAUGUUCAUUUUCAGCAUGAAUUGUCAACUCCCAAGGCAUCAGGAAUAAAAGUAGACAAACAAACUACACCAGCUUCAGUAGAAAAAAGGAAAACACAGGAACCAUCCAAGAGCAGUGGCAAGAAAAGUCAGAUUCCUGUGCAGUUGGAUUUGGGGGGUAUGCUGGCUGUUUUGGAAGAAAAACAACAUGCAGAAAAAGCUAAGCAGUCACCCAAACCUGUGGUGCUUUCAGUUGGUGGUGCAGUAACAUUGCCUUCAAAAGAAUCAAUGACAAUGACAAAAAGUCCACAGUUAAACCAAGGAAAGACUCCCCAUAACCCUUUAGAUUCCAGUUCACCAUUGGUCAAGAAGGGAAAGCAGAGAGAAGUUCCCAAGGUGAAGAAGCCAACAUCACUCAAAAAGGUUAUUUUGAAAGAGCGAGAACAGCGGAAACAGCAACACCUUUUAGAACAGAUAGCAAUACCAAAGGAUGAUGAUGCUGGUCAGCAGAGUGCAGAAUCUGCUGCUGAGAAUCUGACACAUGAAGAGACCAGAGCAGAGUGUGCUGAAGACACACCUGUGGAGCCUCCCAUUCUGAAUUCAGAUAAAUCAGAAGUAGACUUGAAAUCUGCAGACUCCAGUGGCUCCCCAGGAGACUCCCUUGUCCCAACACAGCUAAGAUCCAAUCUUCCCAAAAUCCACAGCCGAAGAUUUCGAGAUUACUGUACCCAAGUACUCAGUAAAGAAGUUGACAGCUGCGUAACAGAUCUCUUGAAAGAGCUGGUUCGCUUCCAAGACCGCCUGUAUCAGAAAGACCCUGUGAAGGCCAAGAUGAAACGCAGGCUUGUUAUGGGACUCAGAGAGGUGUUGAAACACUUGAAACUGAAAAAGUUGAAAUGUGUCAUCAUUUCCCCAAACUGUGAAAAAAUUCAGUCAAAAGGUGGAUUGGACGAGACUCUGCAUCUCAUCAUUGACUAUGCUUGUGAACAGAAUAUCCCCUUUGUUUUUGCUCUCAAUCGCAAAGCUUUGGGACGGUGUUUGAACAAAGCAGUGCCUGUUAGCGUGGUGGGAAUUUUCAGCUAUGAUGGUGCACAAGACUAUUUUCACAAAAUGGUGGAAUUAACAAUGGAAGCAAGACUGGCCUAUAAGGAAAUGAUUGCAGCUUUAGAGAGAGAUUCAGCUGAAGAAAAAAAUGAAAGUGCCUGUCCAGACUUGACAACCAAUCCUGGAGAGAGCAGUCAGCGAGAUACAAGAGAAGUGCACCUUCCAGAGUCUGAUGAGGAUCUCCCAGAUUACAUUAAAAUCUGGAAGAGAAAGCUUGAAGAGGAGUAUAAACCUUACAUGCUGGAGCUGGAAAAACAGUUAACUACUGAAAUGUCACCCAUGGGUUUUGAAGAACCUCAGUAAAUCAAGACUACCUUA